UUGUGGAAAGCACCGUAUGUUCGUGCUGUGUUUGUGACGAUUGUUCAAACUAUUCUUACUCAUUGAAUUUUUUGUAAUAAGGGUAAUAGGUGUCAUCGAUGUGGUUGUUGGCUGGUUGCCAUUACUGAACAUAGUAACGAGUUGCGUGAAAAUAAAAUAUUUAGAACAUGCCAACGCCCCGUGCCGCAAAACCGGUCAAGCCAAAUCUCCGUCAGUUGUACAUUGCAAGGAUGAACGCAGCAAUUCUACACCCAAUCGAGUGUUUUGCAGAGAGCUCACCGUACAAUGCUUCUUACUGGAUGAAGCGAGGAUGCAAAGCCCCUAGCAAGCAAAUGAUCAUCGACCAAAUGUUCGACCUGGAGAGCCACCUCCCGGACGAGCUGAUGGUCGAUAAUACCUGGGUCGAUUCCCUGUCCGGUGGUAAUAAACCACCGGGACCGGGACCUGGGCCACAGAUGAACGGCGGCGACGACCCCGGAGGGACAUCCAAUAUGGCCCAGCAAAUGGCACUGCGGCAACAGCAGCAGCAACAACAACUGCACCAUAUCAUGCAGCAGCAGGGUAAUAAAAAUAUGGCUGGACAGCAGAUCAUCGGAAUUGGACCGAUGGCCAACAAGAGCCCGAACCUGCUGCCAAUGAAUCAGGGGAUGGCGAACAAUGUGGUGGUAGGCUCGAUGGGAAGUGGGGCAAUGCUAGGGAUGAACAAUAUCGCCCAGAACAAUGGUGGAGGAACGAUCAUGACGAAUGCCUCCAUGGGUCUGAGCGGAGGAGUCAUGACUGGCGGAGGAAUUGUGAUAAACAACAACAUGAAACCCGGUGGACCGAAUCCAGGUAUGAUGCAUCAGUUACCGAAUGCGUUACAGAAUGGACCGUUGAACAAUCCGGGACGGAUAGGAAUGCCGGGUCAACCGGGGCAGCAUAUGGCGCGAGGGCCUGGCCAUAUGAAUCCGGGGUUGAGGAAUCUGAUGCAGAACCAUAAUGUAGUUGGCAUGGGAAAUCAAAUGGGCCAGAUUGGACCGGGUGGACCAUUUGGAGGCUAUCAGCAGCCGAAUGUAAGUGUGAUGAACCCAGGAGGUAUAGCUCCGGUACGGGUGUCCCCGCCAACGAUCAACCGGAUGCCCAACAUGGCAAUGGCCGGAGCGAGAAUGGGAAAUCCCCUCGGAGGUAAUAUUAUGCCUGGAGCAGGAAUAGGAAUGAAUGUCGUCAAUGAAGGAGGCGUUGCCGCGCAGGCACAACCUCCUACUCCUUCACCAGCGCAACCUCAAUCCGGCAUUCCAACGGCCACGGUAAGGCCUCAAUCAGCUACUCAGAACCAGCCAAUGAAUCAAAUGAAUCCAGCAGGUCCAGUGGGUGCUGCAGGAGCAACUCCCGGAACGGCCGGCCAACAGCCUGGUCCGACCCAAAGCGGUCCUGGUAACCCCCUGCUCGCGGAUCCGGAAAAGCGUAAACUCAUCCAACAACAGCUGGUGCUACUUUUGCACGCUCACAAAUGCCAACGAAGGGAAACGGAGAAUCCCAAUAGCAAUAACUGUACUCUGGCGCAUUGUCGGACGAUGAAGGAAGUCCUGACGCACAUGCAAUCCUGCCAACUAGGGAAGAACUGUCCCAAAACGCAUUGUUCCUCGUCGCGGCAAAUCAUCAACCAUUGGAAGAACUGUGCUCGACAGGACUGUCCGGUUUGUUUACCUCUGCGAGAUACCAACAAGUAUAAGCCGAGUCAACAACAACCCGGACAGCAACAACAACAGCAACAGAAUCAACAACAGCAGCAACAGCAACAAAACCAGCAAAAUCAACAAAAUCAGUUAAAGAAUCAACUGCAGCAAGGCGUUGGACCAGAUCCAAAUCAACAGCAGCAACAACAACAACCCGGUCAACCUGGCCAAGGUCCUAUGGGGCAGAUGCCAGGCCAGUUUAAUCAGCUUGGUGGUGGAAAUCAAGUUCAGUGUCCGUCCUCAACGGCACCGAAUGCGAUGGGUGGCCAGAUCCAAAU